GCGCGGCGUCGGGCAUCAGUUUGAAUUUCGAGCGAUACCAGUGCGAUUCAACGAGCGAGGCAUACUGUCUUGUGCUACUCUGCGCUAUCCACGAUAAUUCCAGUGCGAUAUAUUCAAAACAAAGUGACUUUUAAAUCGUUUUCGAGUUGUGCGCUAUUACCGUCUAAACGUUUUAGAGUCGUAUAAUUUCUAUUCGUAUUUAUUGUGCGUGAACUAAAUCUACAAGUUUUCGACGAAGCAAUGGUUGGAAAGACGGCGAUCGGUAUCGACCUGGGUACCACCUAUUCUUGCGUGGGUAUCUGGCAACACGGAAAAGUAGAGGUCAUCGCCAACGAUCAAGGUAACAGGACCACCCCGAGUUAUGUGGCGUUCACCGACACCGAACGGUUGAUCGGCGACGCGGCCAAGAACCAGGUGGCGAUGAACCCCGUGAAUACAGUGUUCGACGCCAAGCGUUUGAUCGGACGUCGUUUCGACGACGAAAAGACACAAGCCGACAUCAAACACUGGCCGUUCAAAGUGGUGAACGACAGCGGGAAGCCAAAAAUCCAAGUGGAAUUCAAAGGCGAACGGAAAGUGUUCGCGCCGGAGGAAAUCAGUUCGAUGGUGCUGACGAAAAUGAAGGAGACCGCCGAAGCGUACUUGGGCCGUGAAGUGACGGACGCCGUGAUCACGGUGCCGGCGUACUUUAACGACUCGCAGAGACAGGCGACAAAGGACGCGGGCGUCAUAGCCGGCCUGAACGUGAUGCGAAUAAUCAACGAACCGACAGCUGCGGCUUUGGCGUACGGUCUGGACAAGAACCUGAAAGGAGAGAGGAACGUGUUGAUAUUCGAUCUGGGCGGCGGAACGUUCGACGUGUCCGUUCUGCAGAUCGACGAGGGUUCGAUAUUCGAAGUGAAGUCGACGGCGGGCGACACGCACUUGGGCGGCGAAGACUUCGACAACCGGCUGGUGGCUCAUCUGGCCGACGAGUUCAAGAGGAAAUGCAAAAAAGACGUACAUUCCAAUCCGAGGGCGUUGAGACGGUUGAGGACGGCCGCCGAACGGGCCAAGAGAACGUUGUCGUCCAGCUCGGAGGCCACCAUAGAGAUCGACGCUCUGAUGGAAGGUAUCGAUUUCUACACGCGAGUUUCCCGCGCCCGUUUCGAGGAGUUGUGCGCAGAUCUGUUUAGAUCGACUCUGCAACCGGUGGAGAAGGCGUUGGCGGACGCCAAGUUGGACAAGGGAGACAUACACGACGUGGUGCUCGUGGGCGGUUCGACGAGGAUCCCGAAGAUUCAGAGUCUGCUGCAAAACUUUUUCUGCGGCAAACCGCUGAACCUGUCCAUCAACCCGGACGAAGCCGUGGCCUACGGCGCCGCAGUGCAGGCGGCCAUCCUCAGCGGCGACACGAGUUCUGCGAUUCAAGACGUGUUGCUCGUGGACGUCACGCCCCUUUCGCUGGGUAUCGAGACCGCGGGCGGAGUGAUGACCAAGAUCGUCGAGCGCAAUUCCACUAUCCCGUGCAAACAGACCCAAACGUUCACGACGUAUGCGGACAACCAACCGGCCGUCACCAUUCAGGUGUUCGAAGGCGAGAGGGCCAUGACUAAGGACAACAAUCUGUUGGGAACGUUCGACCUGACGGGCAUACCACCGGCGCCCCGGGGCGUACCCAAGAUCGAGGUGACUUUUGACAUGGACGCCAACGGCAUUUUGAACGUGUCGGCCAAGGACAACAGCUCCGGCCGCUCCAAGAAUAUCGUCAUCAAGAACGACAAGGGUCGCCUGUCUCAAGCCGAAAUCGAUCGUAUGCUCAGCGAGGCCGAACGGUACAAAGAAGAGGACGAACGACAAAAGGCCAAGAUCGCGGCAAAGAACCAGCUGGAGAGCUACGUGUUCAGUGUUAAACAAGCGUUGGAAGAGGCCGGCGACAAGUUGACCGAAUCCGAGAAGAACACCGGCAAACAGGAAUGCGACGCGGUCGUCCAGUGGUUGGACAACAAUCAGUUGGCCGACAAGGAAGAGUACGAGUACAAAUUAAAGGAAGUCCAGAAGAGUUGCUCUGCUCUUAUGAUGAAGAUACACGGCGCGGGACAACCCGGGGGCGCGCCUCCCGGUGCGCAAGGUUUCCCUGGCUCUAGAGGACCUACCGUCGAAGAAGUCGAUUAAUUGUUUUAUAAAAAGUAAUCUCAUGAAACAUGUAAAUACUAUUGUUAACUACUUACAUUUUUAUUUAUUUAUUAUUAUGUAACAUAUGUCCUAUUAGAUAAUAGAUUUAAGUGAUUUAACUGUGUAAGUUAUGACUGAUUUUUUUUUAUUGUAAUAUAUUUUAUUAAGUUUCUCGAAAAUAUAUUUAUUAGCUAUACAGCCAGUA